GCAACUUUCAGUUCUUCAGAAUGUAUCCAUUUAUUUUGACAUUUUAUUUGUCUAAUAGACAAUUUAAUAAUUGACGUUAAGUGAAAAAUCGCGAUUGUGCUUGAUGUCAGUGUAAUUAAUUAGUUACGACACACACACACGUUUACUACUUAAUUAUCAAAUCAUUAUUAUUACAUUUACAACAUGGUAGAUUAUGAGAAAGAAGAAGUUGUAAAUUUGCAGAGAGAAUUUGAAUGGGUGCUACAUGAAGAAAUUCACAAAGGACUAGAUCAAAUCCAUCAAAUACUUGUGGAAUGUGCCAGACGUUUCCCAGUGGCUUUGUAUGGACAUGACAACUCAAGUAAACAGGACAAAUUUGUUCUGACUGUCCCAGUUGAUCAAUUAAAAUGUGUUGUUACGCUUACAGGUGAUAGCAUUACCCAUGCCGAUAUUAACUUUAAAGUGACAAGACAAACAAAUACUACUAUGGUUCGUACCACGAUCCAUAAUGAAAACCCCUGGAAGUUGCAGCAAGUACAAGAUGCGGCAAAUCAUUUGCAGCAAGCGAUUUAUCACAUAGACGACGUAGGAAAACAUUACAAAUUUAAAUCAUCAGAUGAAGUUUUACACAUAUUGGGCAAUAUUCUGGACAGCUUACAAAGGGGACGUACUAGCUUGAUAGUGCCCAGAAAGAAAACCAUGGACGAUUUACAAAAAAGUCGCAAUAUGAAAUCUUUGUCUCCGCCUCUGUCCGAGGACCUAGCAAUAAGCUUUUAUAUCCAAAGCCAUAAAUUAAUCUUCGCUAUCUACCAGUUGACGAGUAACCAUGGCGUUAUGAAAUAUGACUCGGCACACGCAGAAUGUUCUGUACCCUGGUUAAAUGAGGUGCUGGUCCUUUUCACUGUUGGACUGCAACUGUGCCAACAACUAAAAGACAAGAUCUGCGUUUUCUCUCAAUAUAAGGAUUUCACGGUUGGUUCUAGACCAGCCAGCCCAUUGGCCUCGUAAUCUCGAAUUUUUUAUCGUUUAACUAAAAUCGUAGCUAUUAUGAUAUUGUCAAUUUCUCUUUAGUUUUUGUUUGUAAAUAUUUUAGAGGUGUAAAACAAGCCGUACAUAGUUUUAGUUAAGGUCUUAAAUAUAUUUGUUGAUAUAUUAUUUAUUUUCCUUAGUUGUCAUAGAAAAAUAAAACUAACAGUGGUUUUAAAAGCAAUACUUAUUAAUGGAGGACUAGGUACGGUAAGAGCUUGGCUUUAAGUUAGUUUAAGUUCGAUUUUAAUGAUUUGAGUAAAGAUCUAAUAAUUACAUAAUGUGUACGUAUUUACUAAAUACAGAUACUUGUUGAUUA